GGAUGGGAGGAGUUGGGGGAAUACCUAUGGGAGUCAACAACAAGCAGCUGUGUGUAUUCCUUCCAUCAGCCGAAAAAAACAAACCCGGAUGAUGUGGAAUGAUGACUUAGCUGUUACAGGUGGCUGGAUACAGCUGGGUGCGUCCGGGAGCCGACGGGGCGCAGCACAACGGACUGCUGAUAGAGACGCCGCGCUCCGGAUUAGACCCCCAACCUGUGAGUCUCGCUUGUAGGAACCCGCGCGUCACCUGACGGGAUGUGAGGCUAUGAAGCAGCAAGAGGGAACGGUGAUAAAACGAGUCCAAGUCACGGAAGUGGAAGAAGGCGUCCGAUGAAGGUCAGCGCAAGGAACAGAGAAGAGGUAAAGGAGCGGAAAAUUAUUUAGUUUAUCAGGAAAGCAGAGGCAUUAUUCUGUAAAACAAACUUGGGGAGCAGACUUUAUACAUCAAAAAGGGAGAAAAUCAUGGAGCCAGAGGGGAUCACAGAGGAACAAGCUACUAAUGUGGCACAAUCUACCGCCUCCAAACUGUCCCAAAUGGGAGAAAGAACUAAACAGCUGGGAAACGCUAUUCAAGAACCAGAACGACAAAAACGAAUAAUUCUCGUAAUUGUCUGUGUUGCACUUCUAUUAGACAACAUGCUUUACAUGGUGAUUGUGCCAAUUAUACCCGAUUAUUUGGAGGGGUUGCAGAAAGCAGCGGAUCAGGACCAGUCAGCUGCUGCGCCGCACACCAACUCCACCAACAGCACUAUCCACAAAGCGCCCGAGGGGAACUUCGACCUGCAGAUUGGCGUUCUGUUCGCCUCCAAGGCCAUCCUGCAGCUGCUGGUGAACCCGCUGAGCGGUACCUUCAUAGACAGGGUGGGCUACGAAAUGCCGCUCUUCAUCGGACUCAGCAUCAUGUUUCUCUCCACCCUCACUUUCGCCUUCGCCGAGAACUACGCGACCCUGUUCCUCGCACGCAGCAUCCAGGGCCUCGGCUCGGCUUUCGCGGACACCUCAGGGAUCGCUCUCAUCGCGGACAAGUUCACGGAGGAGUCACAGCGGAGCAAAGCGCUGGGCAUUGCCUUGGCUUUCAUCUCUUUUGGGAGUUUGGUGGCACCGCCAUUCGGUGGGGUCCUGUAUGAGUUUGCGGGGAAGCAGGCGCCUUUUCUGAUUCUGGCCUGCAUCUGUCUCACUGACGGAGUGCUGUGUCUGAUUGUACUCAAGCCCUUCUCCAACAGAGAGAGGGGAAACAUGCCAGUAGGCACCCCGAUCUAUAAACUGAUGAUUGAUCCAUACAUAGCUGUGGUGGCUGGAGCUCUGAUCGUCUGCAACAUCCCUCUCGCCUUCCUGGAGCCCACCAUCGCAAAAUGGAUGGAGGAAAAUAUGCAUUCCAGUGAGUGGGAGAUUGGCAUGACUUGGUUCCCUGCAUUCUUCCCUCAUGUGUUAGGAGUGUAUCUCACUGUGAAACUAGCAGGUAAGUACCCUCACCUGCAGUGGUUCUAUGGAGCCAUAGGCAUGGUGUUCAUAGGGGCCAGCUCGUGCACGGUGCCGGCCUGCAAGAACUUCGGACAGCUCAUGAUCCCGCUGUGUGGCAUAUGCUUUGGCAUAGCCUUCGUGGACACAGCGCUCCUGCCCACGCUGGGCUUCCUCGUGGAUGUGCGCUACGUGUCUGUGUACGGUAGCGUGUAUGCCAUAGCGGACAUCUCCUACUGCGUGGCCUAUGCCCUGGGACCUAUCGUGGCUGGGCAGAUCGUGCACGACCUGGGCUUCGUGCAGCUCAAUUUGGGCAUGGGGCUCGCCAACGUCCUUUACGCGCCGGCACUGCUGCUGCUGAAGAACGUGACGCAGAUGAAGCCUUCUUUCUCAGAGCGCAACAUGCUCCUGGAGGACGGUCCCACGGGUCUGUAUGACACGAUUAAGAUGGAACAACGGGAGAAGAAGAGAAAAGGUCUGUGCACAACAAUUGAUGACAACGGCAUCGAGACUUUUGUCCAGCGCUCGCACUCAGAUGGGGAAUCCUCAGGAGGAGAGUAUGCGUAAAAAAGACCUUUAAACUGUUUAUGAAAAAAAAAAUGUGCCAAUGUUGACCUGUGUGCUCAUACGUUUUGAUUAGGAUUGUGAAAUUAUAUCAGUGUGACAAUUCCUGUGGGCUUUGUCUAAUGAAGUGGUUUUUAAGACAGUUGCGCCUUUGUUUUAAAAUGGGAAUUUAGAGGGAAAAAAUCCCGAGAUAAAUGUCUAUUCAUCUAUUCAUCGUUGUAAAAGAAAUUAACUCUUCAGGGAAUAUUGUGCAAAUGUAUUUGAAGAAAAUAUAAUGUAUGCGUCUUUUAAUGUCAUCUGUUAUGUUGCUUAUAAAUUAAAUAUGCAAAACUGUGUAUUUCAGGACAGAAAGACAGGAGUUACCUGGAAUCUGCUUCUUGUUGAUUAUUUACACUCUUAUUUAAAUGAAUGAUGUGCUUCUGGAAUGCAAAGCCUGUUAAUGAUCUGCGACUGUACAUACAUGUAUAUUUAUGUACAUAAUUAAAACGACAGUAUGUAAACAA